AUGUCCAGCCAGAAGUCCCGGACUGGGGAAGCCCGCCAGGCGUUCGAGAAAGCUAGUAGCUUUUACGUGGACAUGGGAGAGUUUGGGAAAGCUGCUGAUGCACUGGUUAAGGGAGGACAGGCCUGUGAGAGUCAGGGGUCUAGUGUGGACGACGUGCUGCCGCUUUACACACACGCGUGCGAGCUUCUCGAGGCCCAAGACAAGCCCCACUUUGCAGUUGAGACGUUCCGCAAGAUGCAGAGUUUCCUCGUGAAACAUGAGAAAUACCGCGAUGCAAUUGCGUUGUUGGACCGUCUGACGGCGUUGUAUAUAGCUAUGGACCAGCCUCACAAUAUGCACAAGAGUCGCUUGAGCCAAGUCAUUCUUUACCCGGCAUCAGGGAACGUGGCUACAGCCAACGCUCUGUAUCAAAGUGCUUGCAAGAUGACGCGCUCUUGUCGUCGAACGGUUGUGUCUUUGCAGAAGACCUCGUGUGGGCCUAUAAAACGGGCAACAAAGACCUACUGCGAGCAACGGUACGGAAGCCGGGAUUCCUUGCUCUGGACAACUAAAUUGGACGUGUUAGUCGAAGUUAUCGAUCUACGGGUUGGGAGAUGCUGCGGCUGGUGGUGCUAA